GGGCUGGGCGCUGCUCCGGGGGCGCGGGGUCGGCGGGGCGGGGGCCGGGCACUGCUCCGGCGGGCGCGGGCGCGGGGCGGGGAGCGGAGGCUGGGCAGGCGGUCCGAGUCCCCGCCCCGCGCUGUCCGCAGGGAGGACCUGUGGGUGCGCGAGGGCCGCAUUCUGGACCCGGAGAAGCUGUUUUUUGAGGAGCGGCGCGUGGCCGACGAGCAGCGGGACUGCGGGGGCUGUAUCCUGGCGCCCGGCUUCAUCGACGUGCAGAUCAACGGUGGAUUUGGCGUUGACUUUUCUCAGGCCGCGGAGGACGUGGGUUCGGGGGUCGCCUUGGUGGCCCAGAGGAUCCUAUCUCACGGAGUCACCUCGUUCUGCCCCACCUUGGUCACCUCACCACCCGAGGUUUAUCACAAGGUCCUUCCUCAGAUCCCUGUGAAGAGUGGUGGUCCCCAUGGGGCAGGGGUCCUCGGAGUGCACCUGGAGGGCCCGUUCAUCAGCCGGGAGAAGCGGGGUGCUCACCCCGAGGCCCACCUGCGCUCCUUCGAGGCCAACGCCUUCCAGGACGUGCUGGACACCUAUGGUUCCCUGGACAACGUCUGCAUUGUGACACUGGCCCCUGAGCUGGGUCGCAGCCAUGAGGUGAUCCAGGCGCUGACAGCCCGUGGCAUCUGUGUGUCCCUAGGGCACUCGGUGGCCGAUCUGCGGGCUGCGGAGGAAGCGGUGCAGAGUGGGGCCAGCUUCAUCACCCACCUCUUCAACGCCAUGCUGCCUUUCCACCACCGUGACCCGGGCAUCGUGGGGCUCCUGACCAGUGACCGGCUGCCCCCAGGCCGCCACAUUUUCUACGGGAUGAUCGCCGAUGGCAUGCACACCAACCCUGCUGCCCUGCGCAUCGCCCACCGGGCCCAUCCCCAGGGGCUGGUGCUGGUCACCGAUGCUGUUCCUGCCCUGGGCUUGGGCAAUGGCCGUCACACACUGGGGCAGCAGGAGGUGGAGGUGGAUGGGCUGACGGCCUACGUAGCAGGCACCCACACACUGAGUGGCAGCAUAGCCCCAAUGGACGUCUGCGUCCGGCAUUUCCUGCAGGCCACAGGCUGCAGUGUGGAGUCAGCCCUGGAGGCUGCGUCCCUGCACCCCGCCCAGCUGCUGGGGCUGGAGAAGCGCAAGGGGACCCUGGAUUUCGGGGCCGAUGCAGACUUCGUGGUGCUUGAUGAUUCCCUCCACGUCCGGGCUACCUACAUCUCAGGCGAGCUGGUAUGGCAGGCGGAGGAGGCCAGGCAGUGACUGAGGACCACAACUGGGGAGGACGCCCAGCCCCAGCCGGACACUGUCAGGGCUGGGCCAUCGAGGAGCUGGUCUCCAGGAAGCGAGUGGGAGCCCUGCCUCAGGUGGACGGCCUGGGCCUGCGAGGUGGCUGGCUGGCUGGCUUGGAUAAACGUGCGCCCCACAGGGGCUUGCCUGGUCUCCGAGUUUUGCUUCAAAGCAGGGCUUCUUGCUGUUUCCGCUGUCAUGCUCGUGGGUCUCCUGGGGGGCUCUUCAUUGCUUAGAGUUGAGAGUGGCUGGAUUCCAGCUUAGCCUAGCCUUGUGGGGCCUUGUGGGGCUCCAGUGGAGGUGACAGGGCCCUUCAGUAAGACAAGUGUGUCUGAGGCCUGCAGACCCACAGGCAGACGUGCUGGUUGAAAUGGAUGGAAUGGGGCAGGGGAGCCUGGGCUGUUGGGCUCCCUGGGUAAGCCAGCUUCGAGGCGAGUGGGCUUCAGGGGGCGCUGCUGGCUCUGAAGACAGCCACGAUGUGGGGCUCAGACGGCUGGCCUUGGUGCAGCCCUUCCUCCUUCCUACUGGUGCAGUCCUCGGAGCAGGAGGGCACAGACUGUGUCCCAGGACACCAUUGACUGUAGUUUGGCCACCACUCUUCCUGCGUCUGCUGCGGAGUCCACUAGAGGAAGUGUCUCCAAGCCCAAAGUGACAAAGAUGGUCACAGGUUCCUGUUGUGUUUGAGGGUGAACAACCUGGGGAGAACAACCGAUGAGGCAGGGCUGAGUGGGGGCCUGGGGUAGGGGCACAUGCCCUUGGGGUGCCGGGAUGCGGUGUGCCCAGUGGUGACUGAGCAGCUCCAGCACUGUGCCAGCAUGAGGGAUGUGGCCCAGGGCCCCUGCUAUCUGCCUGCCCCUCCCUGGUGGGGAGGGGGCUGAGGGGCUGUUCAGCUGGUGCCAGGCCACCUAAGUGCUCUCGGAACCUUGCUCUGUUCUGCUACCAAAAAUCCAAAGGGAUUUCUUAUUUGUCACCCCCAUUUCUCAGAUGAGGAAACGGGCACCGAGUCCCAGAGCUGGUGAGCACCAAGGCCAGGGUUUGGCCUGGCCCAGCCAUUUCUGGGGCCUCACUUCCACCCAUCAUCGUGCUGCCUCUCUGGGAGGACCAGGGAGGGGCCAGUCGAGAUGGUGGUCAGCAAGGUUGACGCCAGAGAUAGUAGGAGCCAGCACCAGCGGGGACAGCACUUCAAGCAGAGUGUGCUGCCCCAGAAAGGUGCAGUGGUACAGGCUUAGUGUGGGAGACACAGAUGGCCACCCUGGCUGGAGAGAGGGGACCCAGGGGGCUGGAGAGGGGUCACGCGUGGUGAGCAGGGCCCUGCAGCUGCGUGGAAGUUUGGGUUUUAUUUGAGGUGUGGGGGCAGCUGCUGGAGGGUUUUAUUUUUAAAGUUGUGGUAAAAUGCAUAUAACAUCUACCAUUUUAAGCAUUUUUAAGCUUACAGCUCAGUAGCGUUAAGCACACUCACAUUGCUGUGCAACCAUCACCGCUGUCUUCUGCGGAACUUUUUCCUCACCCCAAUGGAAACCCUGCACCGAAUAAACACGCUCCCAUCGCCUCCCCCAGCCCUGGCGCCCACAGUU